UUCUACAGAGGUGUACUGUUUCUUUACCAGAAGGUUGCCUCUUCUUUUCCCACGGCUGGAGCCCCCCACCACCUCUUCCCCACCUUCCACACGCCCAUCCCCAUCGACAUGCGGCACCACGAGGGACGCUACCUCUACGAGCCCCACGCGCUGCACGCCAUGCACGGCCCUGCAGGUUUGGCCGGCAGCCCCGUGAUCUCCGACAUCUCCCUGAUCCGCCUCUCGCCCGCCGCCGUGGCAACGGGCGACUCCCCCUUCAGCCCGCCUCACCCGUACGUGCACCCCCACAUGGAGCACUACCUGCGCUCCGUGCACGGCAGCCCCACCCUGUCCAUGAUCUCCGCGGCCAGAGGACUCAGCCCAGCCGACCUGGCCCACGAGCAUCUCAAAGAGCGCGGCCUCUUCGGCCUCCCUCCUCCUCCUCCCGGGGCGAGCCCGGCCGAGUAUUACCAGCUGAUGGCGAGCCACCGGAGCCCCUACGGCGAGCUGGUCCUGCAGGGGGCCGGGGGCCACCUGCAGGACUACAUCUCCCCCAUCGACGGGUGCCGGUUCUCGGGCCCCCGCCUGGCCCCCCGGCUGAGCAGGAAGCGCGCCCUGUCCGUGUCUCCGCUGUCGGACGCCAGCAUCGACCUGCAGACGAUGAUCCGCACGUCUCCGAGCUCGCUGGUCGCCUACAUCAACAGCUCGCGCUCCGGCUCGGCCGCCAGCAGCUCCUACGGACACCUGUCGGUGGGCGGGCUCAGCCCUUCCUUCCCCUUCCCUCACCCCAUCAACCCGAUGGCCUACCAGCAGCUUCUCUCCCAGCAGCGUGGCCUCAGCGCCUUCGGCCACGCCCCGCCCCUCAUCCAGGCUCCGCCCACUUUCUCCGGCCUCGGCCCGCCCUCCUUGAUCCACAACGGAGACCUGCAGUCCAAAAGUCACGGCGGAGACUCGGCAGUCAGCGGCACCGUCGACCCCGGGGUCACCAAGAGGUCAAAGGUCAAGACGGAAGCCGAGGGACUGAGGACGCUGUCUCCCUGUUCACCGGUCCUCCACGGCAGCCUGCUGGACCCGAAGGACGACGUGGACCGGGACCGGGACGAGUGCAAGCAGGAGCCCGAGGCCGUCUACGAGACCGACUGCCACUGGGACGGCUGCAGACGAGAGUACGACACGCAGGAGCAGCUGGUGCACCACAUCAAUAAUGACCACAUCCACGGAGAGAAGAAGGAGUUUGUGUGCCGCUGGGAGGACUGUUCCCGGGAGCAGAAGCCCUUCAAAGCUCAGUACAUGCUGGUGGUUCACAUGCGCCGACACACGGGGGAGAAACCACACAAGUGCACGUUCGAGGGCUGCUCGAAGGCCUACUCCCGUCUGGAGAACCUCAAAACUCAUCUGCGCUCGCACACCGGAGAGAAACCGUACGUCUGUGAUUACGAAGGAUGCAACAAGGCCUUCUCCAACGCCUCGGACCGAGCCAAGCACCAGAACCGGACCCACUCCAACGAGAAACCCUACGUAUGCAAGAUCCCCGGUUGCACCAAGCGCUACACGGACCCCAGCUCCCUCAGGAAGCACGUGAAGACGGUCCACGGCCCGGAGGCCCACGUCACCAAGAGGCAGCGCGGCGACCUGCCGCAGAGGCCGCCGAGGGAGAACGGCGAGAACGAGGCGGGGAACCGAGACCGGAUCCACACAGGGGACAAGAUGGUGGACAAAAGCUCCCCCAGAGGUGCAGAGGACUACCUGCACGUCAAAUCCAUCAAGACGGAGACCUCUGUGAUGUAUCAGUCCAGCCCUGACGGUCAGUCAUCAUGUAGCAGCGAACCAUCACCACUUGGCAGUGCCACCAACAAUGACAGUGGAGUAGAGAUGGCGGCGCACAGCUGGGGAAGCCUGGGGGACCUCAGCGUCCUGGACGACCCGCCCUUCGCGGAGUCCUUGGGAUGGGACGAAUCCACCGGCGGGGGAGCGGUGAUAGGACUCCACUUCCGAAAGCAGUUCGGCACCAUCCGUCACCUGGAGCAUCUGAAGAAGGAGAAGCUGAACACGGUGAGGGACUCGUGCCUGUGGGCCGGCAACCCGACAGCCCCGGUCCUCGGUACCAAGCUCCCACCCAUACCGGCUAACGGGUCCCUCCUCGAGAGUAUGGGUGGUGGUCCGGGGUCCUUCCCUUGUUCCGGCUUUGGUGAUCUGAGCUCCGGUAAAACGACUCUGCUGGAAACCCUUUCAGAGCGUCGCAACAGCAACUCCAGCACCCUGAGCUCAGUUUACACCCUCAGCCGCCGCUCCUCCGGCAUCUCCCCUUGCUACUCUAGUCGGCGCUCGAGCCAGGCCUCGCAGUUCGGCGCCAACCGCCCCAGCACCCUCAGCUCUGCCGACUCCUACGACCCCAUCUCUGCCGACAUGUCCCGGCGCUCCAGUCAGGCCAGCCAGUGCGGUGGAGGAGCGGGAUGGUACGAAGGAGGGGGCUUACCCGGCCCUCUCAGCCUGACCCCAGCCCAGCACUACCGCCUCAAGGCCAAAUAUGCCGCCGCCACCGGAGGUGCACCACCUACGCCUCUUCCAUACAUGGACCCAAUGUGUUUGAAGACCCACACAGCACUGUGCGGGGACUCCCAGAAGUACUCCAACUCCAGGCAGUACAGCAGCUACACCACGCGGAGCCUGAUGCCCCAUGAGGUCCCGUCUAACAUCGCCCGCCGAGCAAGUGACCCUGUGAGACCCUCGGCCAUUGAUUUCUCCAGCCAGCCACAAAUGCAGCGCUACAACAGCAUGGACACGCUGAGUGGCGGGGUGACCAUGCUGCCCCAUAUAUCCCAGCAAGGCUGCCUGCGACCGGAUGUGAGCCCCCACCGCUGUCCUUUCGCCCAGCGACCGCCCAGCAUCUCGGAGAACGUCUCCAUGGGGAUGAUAACUGGUGACAUUCCUGAAGAAGACCUAAUGCUGCCCGACGAGAGAGACACAACCAGCAGAGUGUCAACAAAUCAACAAGUUAUCCAUCAUCAGUCGUACCAUCAGAGAAGAAUGGCCGCCGUGAAUCUGCCCAAUCAGUUCUUGGCCACUUCCCCGAGGGACAGUAAAGCAAACUCAGCAGCUCAGUGGAACGAUGCCGGCCGGCACUACUCCAAACUCCAGGUCCGAGGGAACCUGGCUGUUAAGAACGGUAACGCCACGUAUCCCCCGUGUAGCAACCCUCACGCCCCCACAUGCAAACAGGAGCCCAUUGACAUGGACACUGCGGACCUGCACUUUGCUGGAUUUCAGCCCGUGCAAGUUAAAAUGGAACCCUGUGACGGGUCAAUCGGGAUUUCGGAUCAGCAGACUUGCAACCUGAAUCCCUCGCAAACGGGGAAUCAGUGCCACUUCCCGCCGACGCCGCCAACAGAACCUAAAUCUCUAAACAGGCACCUUUCAGGACCAACGGGUCUGCAGCAAACAAGACACCUCAGUAACGUUGCUUCCAAACUACCUGGUGGAGUUUUUGCCGACGACAACGUGGUGUACUACACGGGUCAGAUUCAAGUGUUUGAGCCCAACGGGAACUUGGACCCCCGCGUUCCUCUCGUGGUGAAUGUACCUCCUUCAGAACACAGCCAGCCGUCCAGGACCGCAGAUCCUGACACGGAGCUGGAGCAGGCGCAGGCGCAGAUAGACUUUGACAGCAUGCUGGACGACGGGGAUCGCUCCAGCCUCGUGUCAGGGACCCUGAGUCCCGGUCUGCUCCAGUGCUCGUCCCGGAGUUCCUCUCGCCUGACAACGCCCAGGAACUCUGCCACGCUGCCCUCUGCGCCGGCGGGGACGGGCAACAUGGCCAUCGGCGACAUGAGCUCGUUGCUGACGGCUCUGGCGGAAGAGAGCAAGUUCCUCAACUCCAUGUCGUAG